AUGUCUAUCGCCUCCCCAAUCAACCUCAUUCUCGUUUCCCUUUUCGUCGUCUUGCUUUUCUGGCACUUCAAGCCCAAACAGCCAAUCGAGCUUCCGCGUGGGCCGCCACCGACCGUUUUCCGUACCUAUAUCCCCAAGACCUUGAUUGAGUUUAACGGCGAGGAUAAUCGGCCCGUUUACCUUGCUGUCCGUGGCCGUGUCUUUGACGUGAGCCCAGGCAGGAAUUUCUAUGGACCGGGUGGUCCGUACGAGAACUUUGCUGGUCGUGAUGCAUCCCGAGGACUGGCUCACCAGAGCUUCGAUGAGGAUAUGCUGACAAAGGACUUGUCGGCCCCAUUGGAUGACCUCAAGGACUUGGAUGCGGAUCAGCUGGAGAACCUGAAGUCAUGGGAGGAGCGCUUCUUGGAGAAGUACCUCGUCGUUGGCAAGUUGGUUGCAGAGGGGGAUGCUGAAGCCCCGAAGUCAUGA